CGCUGGUAGUGGUCUUGGUGGGGGUGCCGCCGCUUGGUGGUGGUGCCACGUGGCUAAGCGGACAGCUGGCAACGUGCAAGGAUAUUUCAAGUUGAUGGACGGCAAUCUUCUCGAUCUUGACGAAGAGUGCAAGUGUCGUGACGGCACGAGGAGAGUGGGAGAGGGGAUCGAGAACAGGCGGGACUCGCGGGAGCGGAACGGAAUGGCGGGAGCUGGCAGGGUCGGGAGUUGGCGGGAGGGCAGGAAAAAAUGUGUGUACGAGUGGCGCGGGAUAGUGUGACCGAGUGCGGGGCCGACGUUGAGUUUGGACCGUUGAAAAGAGUUAAAACUUAAAAGGGGAAAAUUCGUGCAAAUUGAAAUUCAAUUCUCGUCGGCAGCGCGGGCCCAAUCUCCCGCCUAUGAACGGGAGCGCUGCGAAGUCGUCAGUCACCGGGGCGGAAGUAGAUGGCGAGAGUAUAUUUUUAUAUGUGACAUUUAAUUUUUACAAGUUGGUGGAGCAUUGAAAAGAAGCAAAGGUUUGUAAAAAAAAAAAAAAAAAAAAAAGAAGCAAAGGACCAUUUUGUCUGAGCUGACUGGGAGGAGUUAGUCUUGGCAACCCCUGAAUACCUGCUGAAAGAUAAACUCUGGCAAAGAGAUUGGAUUGAAAACCUGAAUGUGGACGUGUUUGUGGAGACGUGGAGAUCAUUACGAUUGCUCUGCCUUUCUGUAUCUCUACGUAAAACGCGUCCAGAUUCGGGCGCUUAGUCCAAUCUUCUUGGCUAGCGGGAUCUCGUCCUUAGGGGAAGAUAGACUCUUAGGAAAAGAUAGACUACGAUAGACUAGGAAAAGGUAGACUUUCUUAAGAUAGCCAUCUUACGAAACAUAGGGCCUCGCUCCACUCUUCCAAAUUUCGUGCUUGAAGUAGGUCUCAUGCUUUUAGUCGGGUUGUCCGAGUAAAAGGAUGAACGAGAGACUGAACAAGAGAAGAGAGGAGAGGAGAGGAAAGGAGAGGAGAGAAGAGGAGGGAAGAGGAGGGAAGAGGAGAGGAGAGGAGAGGAGAGGUUCUCGCAAUUGUGUGAGUCCGAUUCUCCGAGUUAAGGGGACAGGAUAGGGAAGAGAAGAGACCCGACGAUCUGUAGAGGUUUUGAGUUCGUCUCGCUGCUGAGGAUCUGUAAUCUAGUGAAUCGUUUGGUUCCGUUAUCUGUAGUUUGAGUCAAUCUGGCUGCUCGUUGUCUGUGGCUCAGCGCACCGUUUUCUUCCGUUAGCUGCACAUGUGAAAAUGGAAGCCGUUACGAGCGGAAUGCGAUCCGCUGCGGGGUCAUUGAGUAUCCCUGUACAGGCGCCAUCGUGUUGUGUGUGUCAGUAUGUCCUAUCCACGAAUCGAACACACAGCCUACAGUUUGCCAGACCGGAUAGCCAUCAGAAACGCGGCCAUGGAGUUUGUCGGCAACACCGGAGAGCAUCCUCUGCUUUAUCUUCCUCUUCCUCCUCCUCCGUCUGCUUCUCCUCUUCCUCUUCCUUUUCAUUCCACGUUCCAUCGCAAUCUCGCCCUCUCAGUUCGUGUUCCCGCCACAUUGCUCCCAAUUCAAGCCGCGUAAUCGGUCCCAAUUCCAGCCACGGGAUCGGGUUGCCAAGAGGGGGACAGCGGGCCCACCUCUUCGCAAAUUGGGGGAAAGGGACGUCGGUCUCUCCGGGCUCGUCGUCUGGACCAUGGUCGCGAUCCUCGUCCACUGGCCUCAGCUCGGCGCGCAAUCUGCUGUCUCAGACUUCCGGCUGCAGCCACUGCGGUUUCUCGAUUCUGCAGCGCGCCGAUGGCAAUCGGCGCAGACGCGCCGGCGGCGGCAAUGGUCGUAGAGAGGAGAGAAAACCAAGCAUCGCAUGGACGAUUACCAAGAGGUUUGAGCAGAAGGCGAUGGUGUAUUCGUCGUCCGGAUCGCGAUCUUCCCUUAUUGCCAUGCGUGGGGUUUUCCACAGCUUCCCAUCCCUUACGCUAAUCACGGUGCGAUCACAGAGCUCAUCUGCCUCUGUCUCCUCCUCCUCCUCUUCCUCUCGCUCAGGAUCGUUGUCGAGAGUCUCUCGAUUUCCGUUGACGUCAUGGGCGCCUGUCAAAGUUGCUCGCGGCUCUUUCCUAUCCAAGGUAGCGGAAACGAGGUCGCCAGCUGGAAGCUCUGUCGACGAGGAAGAAGAAGACGUGGGUCUUGAGAAAGACGUGGGUAUUGAGAAAAACGUGGGUGCCAACGUGGACGAUAGCGGUGCAGGGAUCGAGUCCGAAUCCGAGUCCGGUGCGCGAAAUGAAUUCAAUUUGCCGUUCUUAUUUUCCAUGUCAGGAAUUUCUUCCGACUCUGACAGUCUUCAACUCUAUGAUCCGCUUGAAGGCAUCCAAUAUGACGGGGACAUGUAUUCGGCGUCCGCGUGGAGGAGGAGGUCGAGGAAUGAACCUGGUCCAGAUCCGGCAACUGCAAUGAACAGGACGCUGCGUGCAACGGCGCCAUUGCUAGUGUUCGUUCCUGGAUUAGAUGGGACUGGCAAAUUCUUCCGAUCUCAAGUCCGAUCGUUUCACGCGCAAGGGUACGAUCUUCGGUGUGUCUACAUUCCACCCAACAACCGGUUAAAUUGGGAUGGACUUGUUGAGCAGAUGGUGUCUCAGUUGCGCAAUUUGGCCAUGAGUGACGGAUCAGCAAGUGAAAAUCGCGCACAAGAAGAGACGAAGGGAGAGGAGGAAGAAGCAGGAAGAGGAGGAGGAGGAGGAGAAGUCGGAAACAAGGAGGAUUUGCAAUGCCGCCAUGUCACGCUAGUAGGGGAAUCGUUUGGAGCAUGUCUUUCCUUAAGAGUAGCACUCGCGUCUCCGAGUCUUGUAUCUCGUCUUGUACUGAUGAAUCCAGGAACACAACUUGGGGCAAAUAAUUAUCUGGCAGGUCUCCUUGCUGCUUCUGGGCUUUUGGGAAGAGUGCCCCAUGCUGUUUAUGCCAUCGCUCAGGAAAUUGCACUCCCUUUCAUGGCCCGGAAGCGCCUGGUUUCUCGAGACGUGAAUAAUGACGUUAUGUCGAUUGCAGAAUACGUCCCAGCACCUUGUGCAGCAUUCCGACUCAAACUUCUUCUUGAUGAAGCUGGUCUUUCAGAUGACGACUUGUGCAGAGUCUCCCAGCCAACACUUCUGAUAGCAAGCGGGAAAGAUCGCGUCUUGCCAUCGCUUAAUGAGACAGGCAGGCUGAAGAAAUUGCUGCCAAAUUCAAAGCGUGCUGUUCUGUCCGAAAGUGGGCACUUUGUACUGCUGGAAGAGGGCCUGGAUCUAGGAGCUGUGAUGAUGCGGCAUGGAUUUUUUCCACCGGGGAUGGAUUCUGAAGUCGGUAGUGACGAAGAUGAUGACCAGGGAGUGAGAUGGAAUCGUCCACAGCCUGCAGUUUCCGAUGAAGUCAUGGAUGAACUUGGGUUGUUUCUAUCACCAUGGCGGUUUCUGACAUCUCCGAUUGUUAGCGGAGAAGAGAACCUUCCAAAUCGGUACAAAGAGGGACACAAACCAAUCCUUUUCGUUGGGAAUCACACGCUCUUUGGGUCGUAUGACACUCCCCUUUUGUUCCAUGAGGUAUGCUUUCUUGGUCCAGCACUGCAGGAGCCAUGGGAGGCGGUGCCACGCAAUGAUUUUUUGGCUGUGGGAAUGAGAAAACUUGUGAUUGCAACUCUGUGCAGGUAUGGUAAUGUCAAGGCGACACCGCGUUCAGCAUACAAUCUACUGAAGGAAGGCGAGUGCGUGCUUUUGUUUCCUGGUGGGUCACGAGAAACCUGCAAGCUGAAGGGGGAAAAGUACAAGCUACUUUGGAAGGAGAAGACUGACUUCGUGAGACUGGCUGCAAAGUUUGGGGCUAUUAUUGUCCCUUUUUCUUCAGUUGGUGGAGAUGAUGCGUAUAAACUUGUUUUCGAUCGCGAUGACAUCCUGUCUUCUCCACUUCGACCACUCAUCGAUGCUUUUGUAGAGCGAAAUGGUCUCAGAUAUGAGGAUGUGCAUCCGAUCACAGCUAUUCCUGGCACCAACAUACCCAGUCUGGUUCCCAUUCCCUCGCUGGAGCGGAUAUACUACCAUUUCUCGGAGCCAAUCGACACAUCACAGUUCAAAUCUCUUGUGCAUGAUCCGGAAGAGUGCCAUAGAAUCUAUUUAAGAGUGAAAAGGAGCAUAGAAGAUGGAAUUGAGUAUCUUCAGAAAGUUCGUGGAGAUGACAAGGAAAGGGAGCUCGGACUGAGGCUGAGGAACAAGCUCUUACGACUUCUUCCUGAUCCAUUUGGAGAUUUUGGACCUAGCUCCAGAUCAUCCGGGACUUCUUGGAUAUGACGAUAUAUAGUCAUAGCGAACUCCCUGGUGAACCACAGGCAGAAAGCGACGUAAAAAAGGACAAGCAACGUGUGCUUGUGACACUAUUUUCGUCGGAGUUUCACCGACUCGUGAGGACGUUCUAUAAGAGGGCGCCUUUUCAUGGCAAGGCUGUCCGUUUUGUGUGUCAUUAGGAGCUGGAACUCGUUGCUGCCCGUUUACUGCAGCGGUGACGACAGCCGCAGCAGCACAAGCACUGUUUGUAUCCUUUUUAUACAUGCAUCCAAAGUUUCAAAUUUUUCAAUGCUUUUUUUUUUUUUUUUUUUUUUCACAUGAUGACAUGAGCACAGCUCAACGCAGCUUGGGUGAGUACCACUGAGUAUGACACUGGUUUCGGAUUUCAGACUGAUUCCCGUUUAAGGACCUGCACUUCCUGGUCUAGUGUAAAGGGUUCAAAUCGCAGUCUGGGUAAUGAGGUAUCAAGAGCAAAAGGCAAAAACAAAGUUGGGUGCUGGCCAGGAUCAUGAUGAAGUUUGGAAAGGUGGUCGGCAUUGAAUUGCAAAAAAACUUUAAAAAAGUCAGCAGCAGGUGCGCGUUUCAUACCUGUCUGCGGAAGUCAUUACUAUUUCAAUGAAGGAAGGUCAAGUAA